GCUGCGCUCAGCGCUAAAGAUGUGAAAAUGGCGGAGCUGCAAAUGCUUCUGGAAGAGGAAAUCCCGGCGGGGCGAAGCGCGCUUUUAGACAGCUUCACCAAUUUGGAAAGAGUCGCGGAGUACUGCGAAAGCAACUAUGUACAGUCUCCAGACAAGCAGAGGGCGCUGGAGGAGACCAAGAACUACACCACCCAGUCUCUGGCCAGCGUGGCCUACCUGAUCAACACGCUCGCCAACAAUGUGCUGCAGAUGCUCGACAUCCAGGCGUCGCAGCUCCGCCGCAUGGAGUCCUCCAUCAACCACAUCUCACAGACGGUGGACAUUCACAAAGAGAAGGUGGCCCGGCGGGAGAUCGGCAUCCUCACCACCAACAAGAACACGUCCCGCACACACAAGAUCAUCGCCCCGGCCAACCCCGAGAGGCCCGUUCGCUACAUCCGCAAACCCAUCGACUACAGCCUGCUGGACGACAUGGGCCACGGAGUAAAGUGGUUGCAAAGGUUUAAGGCCAGUGCUCAAAACAUGAAGACGGGAGGAGGGCCGCUCCCUCGCACCAACCCCCCCACACAGAAGCCCCCCAGCCCCCCCAUGAGUGGGAAAGGGACCCUUGGGCGCCACUCCCCCUAUAGGACGCUUGAGCCGGUGCGUCCGCCCGUUGUCCCUAACGACUACGUCUCAAGCCCGACGCGCAACAUGGCGCACCCCCAGCAGAGCCCUGCACGCACUGCAUCCGUUAAUCAGAGGAACCGCACGUACAGCAGCAGUGGGAGCAGCGGAGGCAGCCACCCCAGCAGCAGUCGCAGCAGCAGCCGAGAAAACAGCGGCAGCGGCAGCGUGGGCGUGCCCAUCGCCGUGCCCACCCCGGCCCCGCCCACAGCUUUCCCAGGUUCCGCCCCCGCCUCGUCCAACCCAGCCAAACCUCCCUCCAACACUGCCACCACCCCCGGGCCUCCCUCUUCUGCCCUAGACGGCCCCCCGCAGGCCCCCAACCCCCCUGUAGAGACCCCCCCGGUCCCCCCGCCCCCUCCCCAGCUCCCCUCCUCUACAGCCCUCACUGGCACCGGCCCCGCUACUUACGGCAACCCCGUUGCACCAGGUGCUCCUCAGUUCUACAGCAUGAACCGCCCGGCCCAGCCGCCCCAGAACCCUCCGGUGGGCGGCUCGCUGCCGUACCGCCGGCCCUCGUCCGUCACCGGGCAGCCCGGCGCGGCCCACAACCCCAGCCAGCUCAACGGGGGGCCGCACUUCGCCCAGAACCAAGCAGGCCCAAACGCGCCCCCUCCCCCCUCCAUGCAGAUCACCCCCCAGCUGCCCCUGAUGGGCUUUGUGGCCCGGGUUCAGGAGACCAUCUCAGACGUGCCGCCGCCGCCUCCACCCGCAGACGACCCGGUGUUUGAGGAGCCCACACCUCCGCCGCCGCCGCCGGAGGACUACGAGGACGAUGAGGAGGAAGAGGAGUCGGCUGUGGUGGAGUACAGUGACCCCUACGCUGAGGAAGACCCGCCAUGGGCCCCGCGCACCUACCUGGAGAAAGUGGUGGCCAUCUACGACUACGCUCGCGACAAAGAGGACGAGCUGUCAUUCCAAGAGGGCGCCAUCAUCUACGUGAUCAAGAAGAACGACGACGGCUGGUACGAGGGCGUGAUGAACAGCACCACGGGCCUCUUCCCCGGCAACUACGUCGAGUCCAUCAUGCACUACGCUGACUGAACAACCCUCCGCCCUCCUCUGAGCGGGAGAAGGGAAGGGGGAGGGAGGGGACCCAAGGGUUAAAGUUGUCAAACUUUGAUCAGACGGAGCAUGACCACCUCCGGGCACAGAGGGAGAAGAGAUGGAGGGAAGCAGUUUCAAAGGACAUGACAAACUGAUGUCACUCUCUUGACAUUGUCAUCGCCAUUGUAAAACAACCACUACUCUAAAUAUAGCCUUCCCUGUAAUAUUUCUUUCUUUAUUCCACCGAGGAGGAGUGGUUGGUGAUGGAUUUGUUAUUUUUUUUGAGAGUUUUGUGUUACAGUAUGAAGCCACUACAUUGAUUUCUAGCUUUUAUUUUUGUAUUUUUCUUUUGUUGUGUUUUACCAUUUUGCCCUUACUUUUGAACGAUAUUUAUUUGUAGUGGGAGAUAAAAUGGUGAGCAGGUCGCUGCUGAGAAGGGUUCACCCACCAGUCACACGUGGAAACCUCAGAGAAAGGGCUGGAGGAAAAUGCCUUCAACACUCCAGAGACGACGGUAUCCUCGGCGGAGAUUUGCAGCCGGUACCUCGGCGGGAACGGUGCCAAAGCUGAGCAACAUAAGCACAUCCAAUGUCUUAACGCGACACACCCAGCCCAAGUGGGUCAAGCCAGACAUCUGUGAGCAAACAGUGCUUCAAAGUUAGUUUUUUGCUUAUAUCGUGCAACGUUUAUUUGAUCAAGUGUUGAGGCUUUGCGCGGUCAGGCUGACUCGGACGGGUUUAGACGCCGCAUCGCUUCACUUUGCAGGUUGUCUCGUAUUUUUCAGGCGAAGGAAUCGUCAUCCAGCCCUCACGUCAGCGAGCGCGGACGCUCGUCUGCAGGGACGACGUCCGUUUAGAAGUGCAGCUCCUGUCUUUACGGCGUAUUGGCUUCAGCGAUGGAGGGUAGUCGGACUUCUUCCUGUAAUUUAUACCACGAGUUGAGUUUUUGCUUGCGGCAGCGGCAGACUGCAUGUUUCAACGAGGAAAAAAACACAAACAAAAAAAACACUUUUCUUUGCUGCUUUAAUGAUGAUUAUCGUCUUAAUAUUUUAGGAUAUGGUGUGGUUUGGUUUUGGUAUUCACCCGCGACACGGACGGCGACGCGUUUCGCUCAUUUCUACGACGCCUGUGCCAUAUUGAGGAGCGUGUCGCUGUUCACAAGUCGUCACUUCAUUUGCAAUAACUCGGCCGGAGUGGGAGUGGACGCUCGUUUUUCAGUUUUCUCAUUUUAGUUUUGAAUCAAAAGCACAUACAUUUCUAUUUAAAACGGUGUAGAAAAGGUAAAUAAUAUAGAUUGUGAGAUGUAUUAUAUCAUCACAAUGGGACUUGUAGGAUAUGAAAAGAAGCCAGCUGUUGUGUUGAAAUGGUUUGAAACAUCACAAGCCUCUGAUACUACUUUAAAAACAUAAAAAAUAAGCGACGUUCGUCCUCUGUAUAGUUUAAUAGGCUUGACCGUAAGGUGUUUGCCAGGGCUCAGUGCUUUUUCUUAUGUCAGAUUCUUUAUUUUCUACUAAAAAAAAACAAAAAACAAAGUGGAUCUGUCUGUGAGUCUUGCAUGCCAUUGUUCUUAUCUGUACUGGUGUCCCCAAAAGAGGAAGAAAAACCCCCACAUGGAAAGAUCACCCAGUUUGUAAAGAGACGAGCACCCCGCAGCUCUGACCAGGUACCACCAGCCUCAUCCAAAGAGACUGUACACCCACGUCCCGGGAGUCGCCCUGGGACCUGGGGGAGGACGUGGGGAGGACGUGGGGAGGACGUAGGGAGGGAGGGACACGGCCAGCCCCCCCGCCCCCACAGUAGCCGUCAUUAGUGGAAUAUCGUGUGUGUGUGCGUGUGUGUGUAAGCUGCUCGUGAAUCCUGCGGAGACGGAGAUUAGAUGCAAAAACUCUACUCGUAAAAACACUGCUGGGAAGACACUAAAAAAUAUAAAUGAAACGUGGUGUUGGGUCUGCAGGAUUCACAGCCUCCUGGAGUCACUGACGUCCCUCCGGAUGUCCAGUUUAACGGUCCAUAACGCCAUUGUGUUGCACAGUUAAAGUUGAAUUGCAGAAGUAUCAUAUUUGUAAAAUCAUGAGAACAAAGACAAUAAAAUUAUUAAGAUUUC